AAAUUCAGCACACAAUGUGUAUAUAUCUAUUCUCAAAAGUGCGUGCGCAAUUUAGUUGAUCUAUUCGUGAUUCGAAACAAUGACUUUUAUUUUCUGGUCCACAUGGUCAAAUUUUGAGGAGAGUAUGACAUACAUAUGGGUGCUUAACACGAAGGAUUCUCUGGUCAUCCUAAAAUGCGGAUAUAAUGUAAUGUAAAAAAGGAUGUAACUUUGUACUUCCAACAUAAACAACAAAAAUACGACGUCUUCCUUAAUCUUUAGGAACGGAAAAAGAUGGAUUACGAUCCAACAGACAUCUUAAGAAAAUAUGGAGAAAGGCCAGGACUUUUUCAUAUAUCACUGAACGCCUCUCAAAAUCCACCAGCACAGCAACUGUCACACAGGAUCGAAGUUAUAAAGAAAUUGAUACGGGACUUUCCAGAAGGAUUUUCACGUCAAGCAUCUAGGAACUUGCUUGGAGCUUUUUAUUUUUACAAUAAACAAUAUUUCAAAGCUGUUGAUUUAUUUCAAGAGGUACUUAAAAUUGAUCCAAAUUCACUAACUGCCUCAGCAAACCUUGCCUUUGUCUAUCGGAGAUUGAAGCAAGGUUCCAAAGCGGACAAGUAUUCAUCUGAACUUUCAUCAAACGAUGAUAAGAGACAAGCCGUCGCACUUGCGGACCAAGCUUUUGCCUUCAUCUUUGAUUGUCACAUAGAAAAGGACGUAAUGGAAAGGAAUAAAGUACCAAAAGAUCUACUGGUUCAAAGUCUGGUAAAGCUUAACAAAAGUGACCAUAAAGAGGUCAUCACGGAGUUGAACUUUUGGUUGGGUCAGACAUAUUACCGCCUCCUUACACAGUGUCCAAGACAAAAAGGAAUGGAAGAAAGUGCAAAAGAGUUUUAUAUAAAAGGUGUUGAAGCAUUGGCAAAAGUUACCAGAUGUGAAACUAAUGACACGUUUACUAAGGCAUUUGUAUCCCCUGCAUGGGCUUUUGUCGGUCUAUUCCUGUCUAGAAGAGGAACAAUUAAGGAUGAGACUGGACAAUUUAAAGAGAAAACCAUUGAGCAAAUGGACGAUGACAUCAAACACCAUUUGAAGGAACUAGAGCUAAUUCAGUUCUUAGAAAAUCCUGAAGAUUGCUUUAAAAAGGGUCUUGAGUGUGGUUUGGAAGCAAACGAUGAAUCGUACGAAGAAUCAAAACUUUCUACUGAACUAUUAAUUCGAUAUGCAAUUUUUCUAAAAUCUAAAAGGAGAUAUGAAGAAGCUUUAGAGAAAAUUGACGAGUCUUUGGAGAUUGAUAAAAGCCAAGGAAACUGGUUUGCUUGGACAGUAAGAGGAGACAUCUUAUUCAAAUUGGGAAGAAUAGAUGAAGCAAUUCAAGAUAAGGAAAUAGCUUGCUCUUGGAAUGCAAGCACGCAAGACCUUUGUGAACUGGCCAAAGCGUAUCAAGAGAAAUACAAGUCAUACAAAACAACAGAUGAAAAAAUGGCAGAAGAAUUCCUUUUGAAAGCCUCUGGAUAUUUUCUUCAAGCAGUAGAAAGCCUGAGGCAGCAGAAACGACCAGAAGUACAUCGUGCUUACGGAAGAUUCUUACGAGAGAUAGGAGAAACAAGAGAAGCUAUCGAGUGUUUCAAGAGAGCAAUGGAGGUUGAUACUGCCAACAAAGCAACACAAAGCUUUACUCAAUUAUUUGAAACGCUUCUACAGUUUUAUAAAAGUUCUGUACAAUCGGACACUAAAGAGGAGAGUGAAAUAUAUAAGCUAUUGCAUGAAAUGGCCUACUUUUAUGACGUUGCGUUACGAACUCAUGGUCAAUUAACAAAUGAAACCAAAAUGUUUCUGAAAGAUUUUGAAGUAGAAAUGUCUGUUUUGACAGCGUACUUUCAACAUUACAGAAAUGAUCCUUCGUUUCAUAUUAACGACAAAAGCAUAUCCGAAAUAAUAACCUCAGCAAUUGAGCCUGGAAAUAUCGAAAAAUGGAAUAAGAUGGUAAAGGAGAAUUUAACACAAUUUGAAACUCGAGAAAUGUCAAAGAAACUUGAUGGAAAGGCAGAAGGCGUAACUCUCUGUUCAAAAUGUAAAUCUCAUGUUGGAUAUAGAAGACAACUCUCGGCUUUUCCUGUACCACCCGAAAAACCUAGAAAUAUAAGGUACCCAUACGAUUUCUAUGUCAUUUUUUCACCACUUGACAGAGACUGGGUUUGCCACGUGUUGUUGCAAACUCUUGAAGUGUCAUAUGGCUAUAAAGGCGCUGUAGCGGAAAGAGAUGUGGUUCCAGGUUCAAUGCAUGUAUAUGAACGCACAUCCUUUAUUCAGAAAUGCCCGAAGAUACUCGUAGUUUUGGGCCAAGAAUUUGAAGACGAUCUUGAAUGUAAAUAUGAAUUAUCUCAUGCUCUCCUUAGAAUGAACAGUGAAAAAUCUGAAAAUAUAUUGAUUCCAAUCUGUCGUACCAUUCAUGGCAUGCAUCCAAGUCUGAGGACUAUAACUUAUCUUGAUGCAGUGGAUGAUUGUGAUUGGAAUAAACUGAUCAAGGCAUUGGAGCUGAAAUGAGUGAUAGGAAUAUGAGUGAUAGGAAUAUUAUACUGUAUACUAAAUUAACAUGUACUAGACUGCUAUGUCCACCUCGUUUUUAUACAUACACGAUAAAGGACCUGCAUUUAUCGAAAAUGGCUUCAUUGUCUGGAGAAUUAUUCAUUUACUUCUAUUUCCCACCGUCCAAUCCCCCUCUCUUUCUCUCAAACAGACGUCAUCGCACAAGACUUGGUAGGUUAUAUUACAGAUUUAGAUUAGCCCAAGUACCAAGGUAAAAACAUUUCAAUAAAUCCCACACACUGCAAAAAGCCAAGUCUAUCAAACAAAUGGACCAUGAGUGUAGAACAGAAAAUUGCAAGAUAAUCUAGAUUCGCGUGUGGUGAGUACGAUGGACAAUUGGACACACCUGAAAGUUCUUUACUUUGAUUUUUUGACAGCUAUAUGAUUUUAUUUCAACAAAAAGGAUA